AGCACUUUGCCUUGCCGCAGCGCCCCGCAGCCGGGCGGCCGCCGUGAGGUGCCCCAUGGAGCGAGACGAGAAGGUCCCGCAGUAUAAGACGAUCAAACGUCUUCAAAAAUCCUAUCUGGUGCGGUGCAACGAAUCGCUUUCCAACAUCAUUCCAGGCAGUGGGGUGAAACCUGCGAGCGCCAUCCGACGCACCGAACAGCAGAUUAAGGAGGAACGAAAACGUCUGGGCAAACUCAACCAAGAGGAGCUCAUGGCCCAAAUGGAUGUGACGAGUCAGAAGAAGGUGAAGAAUGCGCAGGAGCUCACAGCCAAAAAGAACGAGCUCAUCGAACAUAUCAAGGAAUUGGAAAAGAAACUCUUGCAGUACGAAUUGUUGUAACAUUGGAGGCCUCCGAGCGGAGCUCGCUCCAGGGGCCCAAGAAUCGCCUAAUGGGGCGAGAUUGGGGAGUUCUGAGAGGGGACGUGAUGACAAUGUGGCCCAUAGGAAAAAGAAAGAGGAUGGUACUUG